AUGGACGUCACCGAUAUGGUAGACUAUAACGUGGAAUUUCUGAACCCAACGGAUCUUACCUCUUCCUUUUUCUGUCUUUCCAAAACAGAUCCAUCGGCUGGCUUUGCUUUCGAUGCUUCCAAGGUGGCUGGUCAGACAUAUCCAGAACAAGCGGAUACCUCUUCAGAUGGCCUGUCAGAUGCAUUGCGCCUACGUCUGAUACUUGGCAGUCAUCUUGCCCAGUAUCUACGACGCAGACUCGAAUUAGAGAAAGACCACACCUGCACGGUCGGCAUCUCGACAAAUAAGCUUCUCUCCAAGCUUGUUGGCAAUGUGCAUAAGCCUAACGAUCAGACUACUCUACUUCCGCCCUACACCUCAGAGGACGGUCAGGAUAACGUCACCUUAUUCAUAGAUAGCCAUGAAGUCGGGAAGAUCCCUGGCAUUGGCUUCAAAAUUGCACAGAAGUUGCGCGCGCUCGUGUUGCAGAGGCCAGCAGAGUUUGACCAUGGCUUAGUUUACGGCGGCACCAAAGAGAAGGUGCUCGUUGGUGACUUGAGAAGGGUCUCUGAUAUUGGAGCAGAAGCGCUUGAGCAGAUUCUCGGAGGCGCGGGCGCGCCAUAUAGUAUUGGCGCUAAGAUAUGGGGUUUACUGAAUGGUAUCGAUGAUAGUGAGGUCGGACGGGCUCGUGAUGUGCCUACUCAAAUCAGCCUGGAAGACAGCUACAUCCGUCUCGAUACUAUUCUUGAGGUGAAGAAUGAGCUUAUGUUAUUGUCGAAGAGCCUGCUGCGGCGGAUGCAUGCUGACCUCUUAGAGGAUGACGAAGCUGUUCUCACGUCGGCCGAUAUUAACAUUGAUAACACGGAAUCGUCGAGUUUGAGCGCGAAGCGAUGGUUGGCUUUCCCCAAGACCCUGCGGCUCACAACCAGACCACGUCUUCCGCAGAAUCCAGAUGGCAGUCGCAACCGCUCAUUCGCACGAAUUUCUCGCUCGGGGCCAAUGCCAAAUUUCGUCUUCAGCUUGAAGGAUAACGUUAACACAUUGGCCAAGCGCUUAGUUGCAGAGGCUCUACUACCACUGUUCCGACAACUGCACCCGGAGAAGAGCGGAUGGAAUCUGAGCUUGGUCAACAUCGCAGCUACAAACAUGGUAGGCGCAGCAAGCGAAAAGGGGGGCGUGGGGCGUGACAUCAGCAAGAUGUUCAAGCGCCAGGACCAAGUAUUGAAAGACUUCAAGGUCACUGAACCAGACGACGUUCUGCCGGCCGAGUCGAUAUCAGACAAUGACUUGAUGGACACCGCAGUCUCUAGUGAUAAGACCGCGGUCGCCAAUACAACCAAACUUCGACUCGAUGGUACCAGAGGAGGUUCGGAAGACCUGCCCACCCCGUCUCAAGAAGUCACCUUCGCCACGCAGGAUCGAUGGCAGUCAGAGGACGAAGACAUGUUAGACGAGGACGCGUAUCGUUGCGAAGAGUGUGGCGCGGUGAUGCCCCUCUUUGCGAUGGGCGCGCAUACACGGUGGCACUCCCACUCAUAG